AUGGGCGAGCCUCGCGGACAGGCACAGGCGGCGGCGGCGGCGGCGGCUUCGCCUCAGGGCGGCUGCCGGUGCGCCGGAGGGGGCGUCUGCGGCGGCGGCGGCCGGGCCCCCGCCGUCCUGGCGCUGGUCUUCUCGCUCCUCGCGGUGGCCGCCUGCUUCUUGCUCAGCGCCAGGACGUCCAAGCUGCAGGGCCGGCUGGGCGCCCUCGAGGGAGAGCUGGCCGGCCGCGCUUGGAGCCCCGACGAGCCCUGGCUGGCCCUGCUGCAGCCCCGCGUGGACAAAGUGCUGCAGGAGAAACUGGGUGAAGGAUUAGCUAAACUACGCACAGCACGAGAGGCUCCAUCUGAAUGCAGGUGCCCACCAGGUCCACCAGGAAGACGAGGAAAGCCUGGGCGACGAGGAGAACCAGGUCCUCCAGGGCAGUCAGGACGAGAUGGCUACCCGGGCCCUCUUGGUUUGGAUGGCAAGCCAGGGCCUCCAGGACCAAAAGGAGAUAAGGGUGAUCAAGGGGACAUUGGCCCAAGGGGGGAUCAAGGUAAAGAUGGCGCUGCUGGCCCACCAGGUCCUCCUGGACAGCCAGGUGCAAGAGGGCCCCCUGGAGACACAGGAAAAGAUGGCCCAAGGGGACCCCAAGGCCUCCCUGGUGAAAAAGGAGAAACUGGAGAAGCAGGUGUCAAGGGUGAACCUGGUAUCCCCGGGGGAAAAGGUGAUGCUGGAAUUCCAGGAGAAUCAGGGAUUCAAGGGCCAAAGGGAGAACAAGGAAGUGUUGGACCAAAGGGAGAGAAAGGUACAGAUGGACUUCCAGGGCCACGGGGAGAACAAGGAAGUAGCCCAAAGGGAGAGAAAGGCAUAGAUGGGCUUCCAGGACCACAGGGAGAACAAGGAAGUAUUGGCCCAAACGGGGAGAGAGGCAUAGAUGGGCUUCCAGGGCUACAGGGAGAACAAGGAAGUGUUGGGCCAAAGGGAGAGAAAGGCAUAGAUGGUCUUCCAGGGCCACAGGGAGAACAAGGAAGUAUUGGCCCAAAGGGGGAGAGAGGCAUAGAUGGGCUUCCAGGGCCACAGGGUGAAUCUGGUGAAAGGGGAGCAGAUGGACACAUUGGGCCAAGGGGCCCUCCAGGCAUGAAAGGCGAACAGGGUGAUACUGUAGUAAUUGACUAUGAUGGUAGAAUCUUGGAAGCUCUCAAGGGGCCACCAGGUCCUCAAGGGCCACCGGGCCCACCAGGUUCCCCAGGACCGAAGGGGGAGCUUGGGUUGCCUGGUCCACCUGGGGUUGAUGGUGAGAAGGGUCCUAAAGGAUCAAAAGGAGACCAAGGAAGCCCUGGGACAAUGGGACAGAAAGGACACAUAGGAGAAGCUGGCAUGACUGGUCUACCAGGUCCUAAAGGAAUGAAAGGAGAACAAGGAAGCCCUGGAUUAAUGGGACAUAAAGGAGAGAUAGGCGAAAUGGGCUUGUCUGGUCCACCGGGAAUUGAUGGACCAAAAGGAGAACCUGGUGCACCCUGUGAACCGGAUCUUGUGCAGGUCAUAGCUGAACCAGGACCUCCAGGCUUACCAGGUCUACCAGGCCCCGCGGGUCCUAAAGGAAUACAAGGACAUAAGGGUGCGAAUGGGGCAAAAGGUACAAAAGGUGAAAGUGGCCCCAGAGGUGAAAAAGGUGUCCCUGGGCCACAGGGUCCUGCUGGUUCCCAUGGGCUUAUUGGUUUACCAGGCACCAAAGGGGAGAAGGGAAAGCCAGGGGAACCAGGAUUAGAUGGCUUCCCAGGCCUAAGAGGAGAAAAAGGAGAAAAAAGUGAAAGAGGAGAGAAGGGUGAAAGAGGACUGCCAGGCAGAAAAGGAGCAAAGGGGCAAAAAGGAGAACCGGGCCCUCCUGGAUUGGAUCAGCCUUGUCCAGUGUUCAUUUUUAAAGGAGAACCAGGUUUACCAGAACUGGAUGGUGUGAAUAUGCUCUGCCCUUUGGGACAAGAUGGAUUACCAGUACCAGGAUGUUGGCACAAGACGCAGACGCAAAAGGGGGAGAAAACAAAAAAGAAAAAAAAGACACAGCCCUAGAAAUGAGACAAACUGUGGCCUCUGGAUGAAUGCAGGAGGAACUUCCAGCCUGCAAAGAUCACACAAGUAUAACCACACAUGCUGCUACAUGCCUCCAACUUGGAACAGUAAGAUUGACUCAACCGCCUGUGGAUGUUUCUCCUAUGAAGAAACUUUAUCUCUAGGAGGGGGAAACCCUCG